GUCAACGCUUUAUGAUCAGCGCGCACCGACGGACCGGCCCCCGUGCAGCUCUGUCUCUGUCUCUGUCUCUGUCUCUCUCUCUCUCUCUCUCUCUCUCUCUCUCUCUCUCUCUCUCUCUCUCUCUCGCUCUCUCUAUUUCUCCGUAUUCAUAAUUCGGUACCGGCUCUGCUGUGGUUAGAUGUAGCCAGUAACCGGAGCUCACAGUGGGAGACUCUGUUGUCGCCGUUGCGCCAUGGAGGACUGCUGUUCCCCAGAAAGCGAGAGGAUGGAAGCGUGGCUGGACGACCACUUGGAGUUCACUCACUCCUACUUUACCAGGAAGGCGUCAAGGGAGAUGGUGAAUGCCUGGUUUGCAGAGCGCGUCCACUCCAUCCAGACAUCAGCCUCUAAAGAAAAUCCUGCACAGCAGCGAGCCCACCAGUCCUCCACAGACUCCAGCCCCCAAUCUGCCUCCACUAUCCUCCCACCUAACAUCAGCCUCCUUGACAACCGCUGCCCGUCCCCAGUCCCCAGCCCAGCCCCUGGCACCCCGACUCGCAAAAUCUCCGCAUCUGAGUUUGACCGCCCACUCAGACCCAUCGUGGUUAAAGACUCUGAGGGCUCUCUGACGUUUCUGAGCGACGCUGACCGUGAAAGUGUCCCUCUGCGGGGCUCAGUGAUGGGUGACGGUAGUGUUGGUGGGGGAGGUAAUGGAGGUGGAUGCAGCGGGGCAGGCAGUGGCAGCGGGGGGGACCGCUGCGCCAGGCUGCUGGAGCUGGUGAAGGACGUGUCAAGUCAUCUGGAUGUGACAGCACUCUGCCACAAGAUCUUUCUCCACAUCAAUGAGCUGAUCGCUGCAGACCGCUACUCACUCUUCCUGGUGGGCGAGGACAGCUCCAACAGGAAGUUCUUGGUCAGCCGUCUGUUUGACGUUGCGGAGGGAUCCACGCUGGAGGAGUCCUCCAGUAGCUGCAUUCGACUGGAGUGGAACAAAGGCAUUGUGGGACACGUAGCCGCCACGGGACAACCGCUCAAUAUCAGGAACGCUUACGAGGACCCAAGGUUCAAUGCUGAGGUGGACCUGGUCACAGGUUACAAAACCCAGAGUAUCCUUUGCCUUCCCAUCAAGAACCACAGAGAUGAGGUAGUUGGAGUGGCUCAGGCUAUUAAUAAAAAAUGUGGGGAGGACAGUGCCUUCACUGAACAGGAUGAAAAGGACUUCUCAUCUUAUUUGGCCUUUUCAGGCAUUGUCCUGCACAACGCUCAGCUCUACGAGACAUCGCAGCUGGAAAACAGACGCAAUCAGGUGCUGUUGGACCUGGCCAGUCUGAUCUUUGAGGAGCAGCAAUGUCUGGAGGUUUUAUUGAGAAAGAUCGCAGGAACCAUGCUGUCCUUUAUGCAGGCCCAGGCCUGUACAGUCUUCAUCGCUGAUGACGACUCCAUGAACUCCUUCUCCAGUGUCUUUCACAUGGAAUAUGAGGAGCUGGGAGAAGUCCUAGACGCCCCCAAAAGGGACUGUGAUGUCAGUCAGAUUAACUACAUGUACGCCCAGUAUGUUAAAAACACCAUGCAGCCUCUCAACAUUGCAGACGUCACCAAGGACCAACGGUUCCCUUGGACAAGGGAAAACCCAGAUCACACCAGCAACCAGAUAAAGAGCUUGCUCUGCACUCCCAUCAGAAAUGGCAAGAAGGACAAAGUCAUAGGUGUAUGUCAGUUGGUGAACAAGAUGGACGAAGCAUCAGGCAGUGUGAAAGCCUUCAACAGGAAUGAUGAGCAGUUCCUGGAGGCAUUUGCCAUCUUCUGUGGUCUCGGCAUCCAGAACACACAGAUGUACGAAACAGUGGAGAGAGCCAUGGCCAAGCAAGAAGUCACUCUGGAGGUCUUGUCAUAUCACGCAUCUGCUGCAGACGAAGAAUCGCAGGAACUCCAGGUAACCACGGUAGCUACAGUGCCGUCAGCCCAGUCGUUGCGUCUCCUGGACUUCAGCUUCAGUGACUUUGACUUGUCUGACACAGAAACCACGCUGGGUACUAUUCGUAUGUUUGUCGACCUCAAUCUGGUCCAAAACUUUCAGAUGAAGUACACGAAUUUGCUCAAGUGGAUUCUAAGUGUGAAGAAGAACUACAGGAAGAAUGUGGCCUAUCACAACUGGAGGCACGCCUUCAACACCGCCCAGAGCAUGUUCACCCUCCUCAAGUCAGGACGCUUACAGAAUAACCUGAGCGAUCUGGAGGUCUUGGCUCUGAUGAUUGCUACUCUCUGCCACGAUCUGGACCACAGAGGAGUCAACAACUCCUACAUACAGAGGAGUGACCAUCCACUGGCCCAGCUCUACUGCCACUCCACCAUGGAGCAUCACCACUUCGACCAGUGCCUCAUGAUCCUCAACAGCUCUGGAAACCAGAUCCUGAGCGGUCUCUCCCUGGACGAGUACAAAACCACUCUGAAGAUGAUCGAGAGGGCUAUUCUGGCCACUGACCUGGCCCUGUACAUGAAGAGGCGUGGCGAGUUCUUUGAGCUCACCAAGAACAGCCAGUUUGUUUGGGAGGACGAAAAUCACAAAGAGUUACUGAGGUCAAUGCUGAUGACUGCAUGUGACAUCUCAGCCAUCACCAAGCCCUGGCCAGUGCAAAAAAGGAUUGCGGAGCUAGUAGCCACUGAGUUCUUCGAACAGGGGGAUAAGGAGAGACGAGAGCUGAACAUUGAGCCCAGUGACCUGAUGAAUCGUGAGAAAAGAGAUAAGAUUCCCAGCAUGCAGGUGUCCUUCAUUGAUGCCAUCUGCAUUCAGUUAUAUGAGACAUUGGCUGGCAUGUCGGAGUAUUGCUCCCCGUUGUUGGAAGGAUGUCAGAUAAACCGCCAGCAGUGGAAGCGUUUGGCUGAGGAGUGUGAGAAAGGGGCUGGUUAACGGCAUGGUGUGAUCCCGACCAACACAAAUGUCCAGGGUUCGCCUGGUCUCUCAAAAUUUGA